UUCUUAAACUUUAGUUUUUAUUUUGAAUUUUCUCUGUUCUCCCAUCUAACUAUCCUUAGAACCUGAUAGCAUAUAGGAGUGUUAGCUUUAUAUAUUUUCAUUUAAUUCUACAUUUCAAAAAUUAUUUCAUCACAGAACCAGUAUAACUGUUCAACUCAUAAACAACUAUUUAGGGAAUGAAAAAAAAAGCAACAACUUUGGAAUUUAUUUGUAUGUCUGCAGGGACCACAGAGUGAAGCAGUAUCCUACUGAGCUCCCUCAUAGAUAGGUGAGUAUCCUGUGAAGAACAUAAGCAUAAUCAUCUACAGGCAGGAUGUCCAUAUCCAAUGACACACAGUUCCAUCCUCCCUACUUCCUGCUUCUAGGCAUCCCAGGUUUAGAAGCUAUUCACACCUGGAUUGGCUUCCCUUUCUUCAUAGUGUAUCUGAUUGCAUUGGUGGGUAAUAUCACCAUACUCUUUGUGAUCCAAACUGAGCGGAGUCUCCACCAACCCAUGUUCUACUUUUUGGCCAUGCUGGCCACCAUUGAUCUUGGACUUUCAACAGCUACUAUCCCCAAAAUGUUAGGCAUCUUCUGGUUCAGCUUGAGGGAGAUCAUUUUUGGCACCUGCCUGACACAGAUGCUCUUCAUUCAUAACUUUACUGGCAUGGAAUCAGCUGUACUCCUUGCCAUGGCUUAUGAUCGUCAUGUGGCUAUCUGCAACCCACUGCGCUAUAGCAUCAUUCUCACUAACAGGGUGGUAGUAGCAAUUGCUGUUGGAGUGCUGGUGAGAUCUUUCCUUUCAGUGAUUCCCUUUGUGUUCCUGAUCUUGCGCCUGCCUUUCUGUGGGAACCACAUCAUUCCCCACACCUACUGUGAGCACAUGGGCCUGGCCCGUCUGGCAUGUGCAAGCAUCAGGAUCAACAUCAUUUAUGGUCUGGGUGCCAUUUCCAUCUUGGUGUUUGACAUCAUAGCCAUUGCUAUCUCUUAUGGACAGAUCCUGCAAGCUGUCUUCCGUCUCCCCUCCCGUGAUGCUCGUUUAAAGGCUCUGAGCACCUGUGGUUCCCAUGUUUGUGUCAUCCUGGCCUUCUAUACCCCAGCCCUCUUCUCUUUCAUGACCCAUCGAUUUGGUCGGAAUGUCCCCCGAUACAUUCACAUUCUACUGGCAAACCUGUAUGUUGUGGUUCCACCAAUGCUCAACCCAGUUAUCUAUGGUGUCAGGACCAAGCAGAUCCGGGAACGAGUGUUAAAGAUGUUUUAUAAAAAGUAAGCCUGGGAAUAGGAUAUCUGGAACAGACUUCCAUGUGAUUUAAGAGAUUUUGUUUAAUCAUCCCUCCCAGGACCUUGAGGGUUCUCUCCUCUUUGGCUUCUAUCAGGUCAUGGACAUAUGUCUCUCUGUAACAGUAUGACAACUAUAGCUUCUUUUUUUCUUUCCCUUUGUGUUUGGUACCUGAGUUUUGGGACUCUCUUUCUUGGCUUCAAAUUUGGGGAUAUAGCUUUUCCCUGGUCCGUUUUUCAUACUCUUGCC